AUUUUCAGUUCUUGGUGGAUUUAGCACUUUUCCACAGAUAGUAACAGCCUUAGCAGACUCUCUCAGCCAUGUCCGAGGACCCGAGCUCCCAACCCUGGUCCAUCAACAAAGAUGAUUACGAGCUCCUGGAGGUGAUUGGAAGUGGAGCCACAGCAGUGGUUCAGGCCGCCUACUGUACACCCCGAAAGGAGAAGGUCGCCAUCAAACGCAUCAACCUAGAGAAGUGCCAGACCAGUAUGGAUGAACUCCUGAAAGAGAUUCAGGCAAUGAGCCAGUGCCACCAUCCCAACAUUGUGUCUUACUACACUUCAUUUGUUGUGAAGGAUGAACUGUGGCUGGUUAUGAAGCUGCUCAGUGGUGGCUCAGUGUUGGACGUGAUCAAGCACAUCAUCUCACGCGGCGAGCACAAGAACGGCGUCCUGGACGAGGCUAGCAUAGCCACUGUGUUGAAGGACGUGCUCGAGGGAUUGGAGUACCUCCACAAAAACGGGCAGAUCCACAGAGAUCUCAAGGCUGGAAACAUUCUCCUUGGAGAUGAUGGAUCUGUGCAAAUUGCAGACUUUGGCGUCAGUGCCUUUUUAGCCACAGGUGGUGACAUGACCCGAAACAAAGUGCGCAAGACGUUUGUGGGAACGCCGUGCUGGAUGGCCCCAGAGGUCAUGGAGCAGGUGAGGGGUUAUGAUUUCAAAGCAGAUAUCUGGAGCUUUGGGAUCACAGCUAUUGAGCUUGCCACUGGAGCUGCACCUUAUCAUAAAUACCCACCAAUGAAGGUCUUGAUGCUGACGCUGCAGAAUGACCCACCAUGUCUGGACACUGGUGUGACAGAUAAGGAGAUGGUAAAGAAAUAUGGCAAAUCUUUCAGGAAGAUGAUCUCCUUGUGUCUGCAGAAGGAACCAGAGAAAAGGCCAACAUCAUCAGAGUUGUUGAAGCAUAAGUUCUUUCAGAAAGCAAAAACCCAUGAAUACUUACACGAGAAGUUGAUCCUAAGGGCUCCUACAAUAACAGAGAGAUCAAAAAAGGUACGUCGAGUGCCUGGUUCCAGUGGCCGGCUCCAUAAAACGGAGGAUGGUGAAUGGGAAUGGAGUGACGACGAGUUCGAUGAAGAAAGCGAGGAAGGCAAAGCAGCUGUUGCAGCUUUAAGAUCACCAAGAGUGAAGGAAGGUUUUCAGAAUUCAGAGAUUUUCCAGACUCCUGAGCCUUUAAGUAGUCACCUCCAGCCAAUGACCCCAGGUCAGGCUGAACUACCUCAGGCUGCAGGCCAACCUCCACUGCAGCCCACGCAAGUCAACACACCCCCUGCCCAGGCUGCAUCCACCUCACUCAGUGUUCCUGCUCCUGCUGCUGUUCUUACUCAGAUUUCAGCUGAGUCAGGAAAUGUUAACACUCCCAUUAGUUUGGUAUUAAGGUUAAGAAAUUCAAAGAAGGAGCUGAAUGACAUCCGCUUUGAAUUUAUGCCAGGAAGAGACACAGCUGAUGGAGUGUCCCAGGAGCUGGUGUCAGCAGGUUUGGUAGACGGGAGGGACUUGGUAAUAGUUGCUGCAAAUUUGCAGAAGAUAGUUGAUGAGCCUCAAGCUCAUAAAAAUGUAACAUUCAAACUGGCUUCUGGGGUGGAAGGAUCUGAAAUACCAGAUGACAUCAAGCUGAUGGGCUUCGCUCAGCUUAGCAUUAGUUAAACUGUUGCUCUACCUGGAACCAUGACUUGCCUAAAAAAUGUGAAAAUUUCAAAAAAAAAAUAGUUUAAUGUAUUUUUUUCUCUUUCCAUGGCUGUAAAGAAACCACUACUGCCAAAGAAAAAGGAACCAUUUUACUACCCAUAGGAUUAUACAAUACCGCCUUGUUGGAUUAGGUGGUCAGAUGUAGUAUCAGAACGUACAGUGUGAGAAUAACUCAAAGUUUACAGUGUACACGUAGAAGGAUGCAAGCAUCUACAAGAAAAUGUUUUCAUUUAACACUCUGGGUUCCUUCAUCCGGUUAUUCUCUCGUUACUAUGUGAUGCAUUUGCACAAUCUGAUCCAACACCCUCGAAUCCCGAUGAUCCUGAUAAGUGUAACAAUGCCUUAUAAUUAUGAGAACUACUGAAUGCAUGUUUUCGGGGGACGCCCCCCCACCUCCCCACCCCCAUGGGGAGCAUUGUGUUGUUUGAGAUGCACAAACGUGGCUUCAGGUGCUGAUGCCAAACUUCUGACUCUUAACAGAGUGCUGAUGAGAUGAAGACUAAAGUAAUGCCAAAAUAUGAUUAUUAUUUUUCUUCAGUCUUUACUUUGUAAGACUGGUUAUAGCACCAUUGUCUUUUGGUGGUUCUUAGCCCAAAACUCUUUUCUUUAAUGGGAUAAAGUUAUGGAGUCAUUCUGAAAACAGGUGAUAUGGGAACACAUUUGGGCCUAACAUAUUUUGUACAUGUGAAUCUAGCUUUAUAACUAUGUGAAAUAAUGUUCCAGGAAUAAUAAGUGAGCAUCACACUGUAGAGAUUUGUUUUUGGGAUUCAUUUUUGACAUUAUCAGCUCUUUUCUGUGUGAGCGUCUUGAGUUACAAAUGCAAGCUGAGCCUCAAUCUGAUUGGACAGUGAUCAGUCAAAAUGGCCAAUGAGGAAAUUAAUAUUGUAUUUUUAGUUUAGCUGCUCUGCUGACUGUCUUGGCCUAUGCAGUCCUUUUAUUUUUACAUAGUGAAUUUAGGAAUGUUUCACAGCAAGAAUUUGUAUGGAUGCAAUAUGGAACCUCAAAAGUUACACGCAAAACCAUUGAUAUUUCAUUUCUAAAGUUUAAUAGUCUGUGACAGUCGGCUUUCAGGGCUUUACUACUCUGAAAACACCCAAGAUUUAAAAGGAGAUAUACUUUUGAGAAACUGACAGCACAUAAAAUACAGCAAACUGAUUUAUGGUUUACAAUUAUUUUAAUUUGACCAUGAAGUCUGUUUCUGAUUUGAAACGAGACAGCUUCCCUCAAAAUUAGUGUUGAAAAAAUAUUAAACAGCUUUAUGCUACACUCAAGAAUUAACAUUAAAAUGACCGGAAUCAAACCUUUUAAUUGUUAAUCAUCUUUUUGGUAUGCUUUUUUUUUUUUUGGUGAGGAGCUUCACAUGAUUGGGGUUGGAAGACAUUCUUUGCCAUCACCCUAAUUUUUAGCUCUCCACACAGGCACUCCAUCAGAACCAAGUUGGGUCUCUGGCUGAGCCACUAAAAAUGUUAAUGUUACUUAAAACAGAAGAAAAAUGUAGGCGAAAUAACAAAAUUACAUAAAACCUAAGUCCGCUGAGGUACGAAUAACUUAGCUUAAGUAUUUGUUUGGAAACCUAUCUGUUGCUUACAACAGGGGGUCGGCAACCUGUAGCCAAAUAUGGCUUUUUAACCCCUCAGCUCCACUCCAAAAUAAUAGGAACUUUAAUAAUUAUAUUUAAACAGUGAGCUGUUUGACCUGUGUCACUUUGUGUAUUAAAUGCAUGAAAAGUUUAACCAGAGGAAUCAUAAUGGUACAAAGGUUGGGCUGCCUAAACGUCAUUGGUACAAUCUGCAAAUGACAAUAAGCCACUAAAAGUACAUUUUGUACACAGCCUUCCAGCAUUUCAUUGGUAGCGUUAAUUAUGACUCCUUAAGAUUUGAUGAGAAUAUUUUGUUUCAUUAACCUGUUCUCUUUUUGUGCACCAGCUUAUUUUAACAUGGACUACUGUCUUUUAGGAUCAAGCAGACAAUUAUUUUAGCCUAUGCAUAGCAACAAAAACAGGAUAUUGCUCACUCUUUUAUCUAAAAUGCUUGUCCUAUUUAGCCAAGUUUAUUAAAUGGUUGCAGUCAAGUCUGCUUUUGAGGAAAGGUCGCUGGAUAUUUGUUAUAUUACAUAUUUUUGAUAACCUUGUGAUUUAGCUUUGAUUUUAAUGUCAUAGAAAAAGACAAAUGCUUUAUUUUGUAAGUAAUAAUUUCAUAUUUUAAGAUUUUAGAUGUGGUAAAAAAUAUUGCCCUGAAGAAUAUAAUAAAUUGAUUGUCCAUCUGUAUCAGCCGCCUGCGAUGAAGGUCCAAAUUUGUACCAUUCUUGAACUGCAGCCACGGGCCGCACAAAAUAAUUUCAAGGGACAACCUCUGAUUUACCUUAUUUACAUAAUUUAUAUUUACAUUACUUAUUCGACACUCAACCGAACAACCAGGUUCUGGUUGCAUUUUUAGCUCGAGGCUCAUGCAAAGGGAAGUGGAGUUUUCAAACCAGCACAAAACUAAAUGCAAAACGAAAUAUGUUAACUCCUCCGACACUUUGUUUCACAGGGUUGCAAAACUGGAUUUAUAGGUCCAAAAAUAUAUUUGUCCUUAAUGUGUGCCCAUAAUGGGAGAUCAUUGCUUGAAACAUAUGAGCUCUGUUUUAUUUUUUUUUUAUCAAACACGUGUGAAUGCAUGUUUUGACUGUUUUAAGAAAGGAUUUUACACAUCAGGUUGACUUAAGGUGUGUAUAAUAAUGAAGGCUGCAGUUUGUGGUUUACAUGAAAACUUGAACUACUUUAAUCAAUUAUUUGAUUAUUAAGGUCCCUGGAUAAAUAAAAUAUAAAGGCAAAUUCUCUCUUACACAAGUGUUAGUAUAAAAAUAGCUACACUGGAUAAUAUAAAAGCAAUAAAAACCCUUUUUAUUUUUACCAUUCUAAUUAUUUUUAUCUGGUGCUUGUGCGCCCCUUUCUAUUGCCGCUAUGGUUAACUCCCCAUAUUUUUCCAGCAGAUAAAAACUUAAAAAUUGAUCUUCUGUUUUGGCUUUUCCCCUUUUUAAUUGAGAUGCAAAAACUCGUCACGUUAAUUGAGACGAUCGUCAGAGAAAAUCUGAAAGGUUUCAUGUUAAAACAGUCCUUUAGCUUCAUGUGAUUUGUUUGGGGUUUUUUUUAGCUGAAGUAAAAGUGGAGCAGUUGAAACCUUGUCACCGUCUAGUUUCCGAGCUAAAAAUAAGUACUUGACUUAGUCAACUUUAGGAUGUAAAUAAUGUCAUUUAGCUUUGUUCUGAUGCGGUUUCACCCUCUGCCAUUUUUCUGUCUCAUGACACAAUUGUAGGUUCCUGAAAUAUGACGCUUAGUACUUGGCUUUGAGUUGUGUACUUUUGAAGGCCUUGAUGUCAGCAACAACUAGUCAAAUAUGAUGUUCGUUCAUAAUUUCCUGUUUAAAAAUGUAAGUGUCUUGGGAAAUAUUGAAUAUAUGUUCUAAAUCACCACUUUAAGUUCCCGAAAUCAUAAUGAUUGUCUCCGCCGCUCACGAAACACCAGGUGGAGGCCGUUUACAGCUGCACUCACACGCUUUCUCAUCUUUGUUUUUGGGUUGUUUUUUUUUUUUGUUUUUUUUACAGCUAAUGAAUAAAAACUCCAUGAUUGUAAACAGUUGGAAAAUCCCAUUUUCUUGCAGAUUUUUGCAUAAAUGACCCAGUCUGAGGAAUGUGUGUUUUGCAUUUACAACUAAGAUGCCAGCGUGGUUCUGUCUAUUUAAUGAGGUGAUGUAGUGUCACAACCCUCCAGAUGCCGUUUUGAAUGAAAUAAAAGAAAAUCAAGGGGAAAGCUUUGUAUUUUGCCCGUGAAGAUGUAAACUUUUGUGCAAGCCUUAAAAUACAAAAGACCAAGUGUAUUUUUUUAAUCAUUAUUUUUGGUGGGAUUUAGGAGGUAAUUUUAAUUUAGAGGGAGUGAAAUUUACGUCCUGGUUCACGUGAAGAUUCCUGAUAUAAACUUGCGCAGGUGAGGCGACAAAAGGCAGCGAUACUUCCUGAUGGACUCAGGCUCAGCUCUAUAAAGGUGGACAGGAUUUUUGCAUUCAAGCCUUGUGAGAUAAUUGUGUUUACUGUAGGUGUGCAUUGUGUAGACAGAGUCUGGCUUUGAAUGGAGACGAAGCUCUAAUGGCUUUGUUAUUUUCUGCAAACGAUCUUCUGUCCUGUUUCCACACCGUCUAACAAAACUGACUGUAGCAACUGAACAGAUAAAAAGGUAAAACCAUGUUUGUCAAGGACUAAUCGAGGUCAGAAAAUGAUUAGCUUUCCACUUUUGUUCAGUAUUUUCCAUUUUUUUCUGAUUUUGGAUUUCAGGCAUGUUUUUUGAUUAUUUUUAUUCAUUAAAAGAAUUCGCUGCUU